AUGCCGGCGAACAUCAGAGUCGAGAUUCCCGACCGGAAGGACGUCCACAUGCAGUUCUUCCCCAUUGAUUUCGACGACGGAGAGAUCUACGACAUACCCGCCCACUUUCUCAAGCUUCCCGCCCCACAUCCCACCGAGUUCCUGUACUUGCAACACUACUCCUCCACCGCCUCCAGCAUGGACAAGGCGCUCUCCGCCUGCGCGACCGCCGAGGAGAAGGUCGAUAUGCUGGUUGAUGAAGUCGCCGCGCUCAACGCCCUUAUGGCGGGAUACUUCGCCGUCACCCGCCGUAUGAUGUGCAAGUUCCGCGACGCGCACAACCAGACCGUCAUGGAUGUGGAAGAGCUCUUCAGUUCGUACCAAGGAGUAAUGACGAUCGCGAAGCACCAAAUGAAUAUCGUUGACGGGGGCAUCGAUUACCUUGAAAAGCUUGACAAAGCUAUCUACCUGGGGUACCCUCUCCCCCAUCCCCCACCACCGCCACGAAUCCUCAGCCGAGAGGACACCCUCCCCAUCGGCGAAAACGCUGACACCGGUCCCUCCACUUUCACCAGCACCCCUUCCGCCAAUUCGUCGUCGUCCACCAAACCCUCCACCUCUACCUCCAUCUCCACCUCGUCUCCCGACCCCACCACCUCUUCGAACCCCACCACCGUUUCCAACACCUCCACUUCCAUCAACCCCAAGAUGUCCGCUACGGCCUCCAGUUCGGCGACGAAGCCCAUGGAUCCGAUCCCGAUUCCGCACCCCUUCACCGACCCGCCACGCGCGGCUCCGAAGCCCAUAGCGGAACGCUUCCCGAAGAGGACCCCGCGGGAAGCAGAAACGGACACGUCCAGGUCGUACAAGACCGCCGCCGGCGUCGAGACUGCCAUCCAACUGCAGAAAGAGACGCUCACCCAGGAAGGCGUGUUCGUGCAGAUCCAACACCCCCCGGGGCCCCACCUUCCGGAGGGAGCGGCCGACGGAAAGGCCAAAGGCAAGGCGCGCGCCGUCGCGCUGUCGGAGGAGGACGAGGCGAUCGUCGCACAGAAGGCGGCCCUGCUCGGGAAGACCCUCGACGGCGUGCACAAGGCGAUGGGCGAGGCGCGCAACCUGCACGCCGAGGUCGCGAACCUGCUCCGCUGGGACGACGCGAAGCUCAAGGGGCUCGUGUUCGAGAUGGGCGUCCAGCACGACGCGGCGCAGAGGCAGGUCUCCACCGCCGCCGGACGCGCGCACUUGGUCCGAGAGACCGCGGGCGAGUACCUGAAGUGGCAGCAGAAGUCCGGCUUCACGCUCGCGGAGGGCAGCGGGUUCGCGCGCGAGGUCUUCACCGCGGCGGUCGCGGCGCGCGUCGCGAAGACGAAGGCACUGGACGACCUGUGCGAGACGCCGCUCUUCAAGAACCACAAGGUUACCUGGAGCGUCAACUGGGGGAAGGCCCCCGACACCGUCACCCGAGCGGAGGCGAUCGCGAUGUUGAAGGACGUCCCGCUCACGUUUACGCUUGUCCCCGUCGAUGAGAAGGCUAAGGACGAAGAUGCCGCGCGCAAGGAGACCAACGGCGCGGGACCCUCCGCCCGUCGCGAACAGAACCCCACCAAAGUCCGGGCGGCGAAGGCACCCGCCUGGUCCCCCAAGUUCGGCGCGGAGGGCGACGGCGCGGCAUCGACCAGCGAGCCCGCGCCGCAAUCCGAGGCCAAGGGGCCACGGGCCGUGAGCGCGCUCGUCCUCCCCACGGUAGAGGAGAUCGACGAAGACGACGAGGUCGAGCGCGGCGACGCGGUCCUCAUGAAGCUCCUCUCCGCGCGUCGUCAGCCCCCCAGCGCCGAUGUCUGCGGCGAGUCCUCCGCCUCCGCCCUCGCCACCGCCUCCGCCCUUGCCGCCGCCCCCGUAAAGUCCAAGGCGUCCGGGAAAGACAAGGGAAAGGUCACGGCUCCCGCUCCCGCCCCCGUCACGCGCAGGACCAAAGGCAGAGGCAAGACCCGCUCCGGCGCGACUGCCGCUGCCGAGGACGACGCCUCCCACCCCAUGGUCGGCGCGUUCUCCGUCGCCCACCCGCCCCGCGCCUCGACCUCCUCCUCCGGCAGCGCGGAGGCCAGCCCCACGGCGCGCGCGUCCGCCGGGCGCACGAAGCGCGCCGCAGCCGUCGCUGGAGGAUCCAAAUCCAAAUCCAAGGCCACGGCCGUUGAACGCGCGCCGCGCGCGACCAAGGGCAAGAAGCGCAAGGCGGAAGAGGAGCCCGAGGUCGAGGUCGAGGAGGACGGUGGCGAGGUGAAGAUGGGAAAGACGAACGAGCAGGCUGCGCGGCCGCGCGCGAAGCGUCUGCGCGUGCAGAAGUGA